AUCGACCGGCCAACAGACAGCAGCAGACGCCUUUCUACCACCCUAGCUAGCCGGUUAGCCUUUCUAUCUACCCGCGCGGAGGACGGAGGCAGAAAAAGGGGACACAAAAUACCUACCUAACGGUUGAUCAAAACUCCGAAGGCUGUCGUUCAUCGGCACACAGUCAGUCGCAGCUCUUACUCCGAACGCAUCGUGUGGUGGUCGCUCUAGUCGAGAACAACGAAAACGGAAAAAGUUACAAGUUAAGCAAAGUUAGUUUGAAGUUACAAAAAAACAAACACCUCAGCAGCAUUAUGAGUUCCAAGAAGGUUUCUGAAGCCAAGGGAGUGAAGCGGGCAGCCGAAGAUAAGGUGGCCGAUACCAAGAAAGCCAAAAAGGACGAAGUUGAGGAUGAAGUGGCCGAUGAAGCCGAGGAGGAGCUGCUGGAGGGUGAGGACGGUGAAGAGCUAGAGGAGGAGGAGGGCGAGGAUGAGGAGUUCGACGAGGAGGGUGAGGACGGCGAGGGCGAAGAGGGUGAGGACGAGGAGGAGGACGCCGAAGAUGAAGAAGGCGAAGACGAUGAGGACGAGUAACCGGCUACCAACCAACCAGCUAACGAACACAACUGUAGAAACUGAUGUGCGAAUGAAAGGCGGCUUGAGCGCGUGAGUUUUUGAGAAUAGCGUUAGGAUGUACGAUCUUGGGUGAUACACCAAAGUAAUUGCGGGGAAAAAAACUAGAAACUAGACAAUUUAAGGGAGGGAUAAAACAAACCAAUUAUAAAUACAACAAAAAACUAAAAAUUUAAA